AUGAAAUGGGGUGGCAACUGGAUUGUCGGCGAUGACUUUAAUAUGGUCUUAGGAAAGGGGGAACGUAGUGGAAACAAUAUCUCGACUUUUGAGAUGGAUAAAUUUAAAGAUGAGGUGUACAGACUUGAGGUUAUUGAUCUCUCUUUAUUUGGAGGAUGGUCUAAGAUGGGGAGCGAGAAGAAAGCGGUUAAGUUUGAUUAUAUUAUGGGUAAGAUCAAUGAGCUUGACUCAAAAGAGGAGAGUGGUGGGCUUAAUGAUGUUGAGCGCGAGAGGAGGUUGGUAUUCCGCACGGUUGGCUUUUCUGGAGCAGAUAUUAGGAAUCUGGUCAAUGAAGCUGCAAUAAUGUCUGUAAGGAAAGGCCAUUCCAAGAUCUACCAGCAAGACAUAGUUGAUGUGUUAGAUAAACAAUUGCUUGAAGGUAUGGGCGUACUUCUCACAGAGGAAGAGCAGCAGAAAUGUGAACAGAGUGUGUCUUAUGAAAAGAGGAGACUUCUGGCUGUUCAUGAAGCUGGUCACAUACUUUUGGCUCACUUGUUUCCUCGAUUUGAUUGGCAUGCAUUUUCUCAACUUCUACCUGGUGGCAAGGAAACUGCAAUAUCUGUCUUCUAUCCCCGUGAAGACAUGGUUGACCAAGGUUAUACAACAUUUGGGUACAUGAAAAUGCAAAUGGUGGUAGCUCAUGGUGGGCGAUGUGCUGAACAGAUUGUGUUUGGUGAUGACAUAACAGAUGGAGGAAGGGAUGAUCUAGAGAAGAUAACUAAGAUUGCUAGGGAAAUGGUGAUUAGUCCACAAAAUGCUAGAUUGGGGCUCACCCCUUUGACAAAAAGGAUUGGACUCCUGGAUCGUCCUGAUAAUGCUGAUGAAGAGAUGAUAAGAUACAGGUGGGAUGAUCCUCAAGUUAUUCCUGCCAAUAUGACAGUUGAAGUUUCUGAGCUACUUACUCGCGAGUUGACGAGGUAUAUUGAGGAGUCAGAAGACUUUGCCAUCAAUGGUCUUAUGGCUAACCAACACGUACUGGACUGGAUAGUGAGCGAACUGUUGGAAAAGUCAAGAAUUACUGGAUUGGAAGUUGAAGCAAAGAUGAAGGAAUUGUCUCCUAUACUAUUUGAGGAUUUUGUGAAACCGUUCCAGAUUAACAUGGAAGAGGAGGGGCCACUGCCUCGAAAUGAUAGACUCCGAUAUCAACCACUGGAAGUAUAUCCUGCACCCCUUCACAGAUGCUAAACAUUACAUCAGUAUUAAUGCCAAUGUUCAUGGGCAAUUUUCCUUGGUUGGUUUGAUCAAUCUGUAACAAGGAUGUUAAGGGCUGCCUGACGGAUGUGCUUCUAGAGAAAGUUCAUGAUGGCAAGAAUUUGCAGUGACCACUCUCUAGCUGGAAGCUUUACAAUCAGUGAGACCUGUAACAGCCUUGUUUGAACUGAAGCAUUUUUUGAGUACCUUUAUGCAGGAUAACAACAACAAUUUUUGCGGUCAAUCCUGUAUAUAUCCCUCAAUCAAACAUGAGCUUAUAGAUUUUGGAAUCGGACUGAGCGGCAUGUGUCCAUUUUUGGUUAUUAAGCAUUGUCCGUUCGUCCACAGCAAAAAGUCAAAGUUGUAGUCCUGUAACAUUUGCUCAAAGAACGAAUAGUAGUACUUUUCAGUCAUAUUUUAAAGCAGGUAAUUAUAGCUUGCGGUUAUGAAUCAUCUUUUGGGAGAAACAAUAAAGUUUGAGUAUUGUUCGUUAGGGUUAC